ACAAAGUCGCACUUAUCGCUCACUACAUACAAAAUUCAAUCUGUAAUGACGACUCUAUUACAUAGAAAAUGACACACGUCAAAGACAAAUCUUGCACUCCUCGAUCUCUUUUUGUGAACGGACGAGUCACAACAUGCACCGCCAUAGGUACAGUUGUACCUAUGCUUCGGCAGAGGGGAAAUAGUAUGAAUGCCGUCUCCCUUCCCGGUGUUGCUCGUUUUUAGUAUGAGUUAAGAUUAUACACAUACUAUUUUCUGUGGAAAUCAUAAAAUAAAUUCAACAAUUUGAGUGAUAUGGCUUAAAAAAUAUAUACAAAUCCUCAACUAUUGUAAUCUGCCCAUAGAAUACACACCGGUUUUUCUGAAGUUUUCCUACCCAUCAUUGGACGGUGAAGUGGAACUGUUGAACUUAAAACUGUUUUAUAAGGUUGUUAGUUUAUUAAGUACAUAUUAUAAUUUUGGCUGAUAUCACGAACAGCCUGGGUGUCGUUUAACUUAAGAUACGAGUAUUUUAUGUCAUUGGUAGUAUAACGCGUGCGCCAAUUUUGCAGACGAUAAUUUUUAAUUUAACCCUGAUGCUCGUUAUUAGUAAUUAUCCGAGCAGAAGUAUGAUUAAUCGAUAAGCUAAUCUUCAUUUUAGUUGAAAUAAUGAUGGCAGUAGCACUCUUUUUACUAUUUGGUAUCAUUAAAACAGUGAUUGGAGAUGAGGAGGGUUUUAUUGUGGGAGGUGAUGUAGUUGAGACAAUAAAAGAAUUCCCUCAUGUCGCUUUCUUGACGUUAACGGGAUCAGAUGGGAGUUACAUUUGUGGGUCAUCCAUAUUGAACCAAGUGCUAUUGGUGACUGCCGCGCACUGUUUGGAUGGCAUCCAUAAAAUUACUGCGUCUGUGGGGAGUCUGAACAGGGACGAGGGAGUCCUGUACAAAGUCAAAAGCUUCGAGCAGCACAAGCAAUGGGAUCCAGUCCACGUCAAUCAUGACAUAGGUCUAUGUAGACUAAAAAAGCCAUUGAUAUUGGGAAAUAAGGUGAAAAGAGUGGUGCUAAUGCAAAAUCCGCCAAAAACUCACAUGGCUGACUUGGCUGGGUGGGGCGCUAUCGAAGAACAGGACUACGAUAACUCAAUCAUGCUCAAACAUACGAGACAGAAACUGUGGACUCAUCAGCAGUGCCAAAGGGUCCUCCACAAUGCGCCCACCGGAACUAUUUGCGGUGGUCAAAGUCACUCCCAUGGAAAUUUCGCUUCUAAAGGAGACUCCGGCAGCGGCCUCCUAGUUCACAAGGACAUAAUAGUAGGCCUUGUUUCCUACAAGGACACCAGCGUCUCCCGCAGCCUGGUGGUCUUCACGAGCGUCCCAUAUUACUACGAUUGGGUUAAGCGCGUGUCAAAACAAUUAAAUUGCUCUUAAUAAAUAAAAAGCACCUAAUCGAGUCUUUGCCUACAAGCCCUAGCCUAAUGUGCACUCAAAUAAAUAAAUGAAAAAACAUUUUCUGCUCUCCAGCUGGAAAGCGUCGACUUUCGACCCGUUACGCUAGAAAUGGUUGCCGCUUUCCGGCUCCGUCGAGAAGGAAAAUAGUAUACAAAUCUCGGGCAGUAAAUAAGAAAGCCUCAUAUCAGUCGGCUUUGGCUCGACCGACUAUUUUAUUAUAUUUGAUCUGAGAUUUUUUUUACUUUUCUGCCCUAUAUGUAUAUAACGGUUACCCUCAUCUGGAAUAAUAUUAUUUGUCAGA